UUCUGCGCACUUUUGACUGCGGAGAUUGUAAAAUUUUAAGGGGGAUUUUCCCCCUCAAACUUUUUUUUUCUCCGCUGUACUAGUAAAAAACACUGAUUCUCAAAAACCAUAAUGUAUGUUCUGCGCACUUUUGACUGCGGAGAUUUUUAAAAUUUAAGAUAUAGUUUCCGCCUUUAACCAAUUAUUUUUUCCCCUGUUACACAUAAAGUUUAAACAGUGUAUACACACUUCAACACUAUUUAUUUCCCUUGUAAGUUAAACAUUCAGGUUACACAAUAAUUUCAUUUUUUUUUUUUUAAUAAAUUAUAGAUAAAAGUCGUUUUAUUGAAUUCAUUUCAGUUCAGACAGUUCAGUUAAUAUUCAACCAUCGUUCAAUCAGGUUCUGUUAGUUUUAAUCAAGUUUAAUUCAUUUAAGUUUUUUUAUUUUUUUUUUUAUAAAAAAUGAAUUUUCAACAAAUUAACAACAGUUUUUGUUCACUUGUUUCGUUAGUACGAAACAAUGCAUAUCCUACAUAUCCAGAAUUCACUACAUUUAUAUCAAGAUUGAAAACAUUCAAUUUAUUUCCGUUGACUUCAUCUCAAGAUAAAUACUCAUUAGCUGAAAGCGGUUUUAUAUAUUCAGGGAAAAAAGAUAUUGUUGAAUGUUUUUGCUGCGGUAUUAUAUUGCAUCGUUGGGAAAAAGAAGAUAAUCCAUGGAUUGAACAUUCAAGAUGGAAUCCGAAAUGUGUUUUUGUAUUAUUAUCAAAAGGAAAUCAGUUUGUUGAAAAUGUAGUAAAAAAAUAUGGUUCUAUCGAAUUAGGUAGAAAAAAUUGGAAUCAUACCAAAAAACGUUUGAUACAGCUUAUACGUUAAUUAAGUCUGACGUAAAUGGGUUACCAUCAUCUUGUCAACGAAACGAAUUUACAAAUCAAUAUAUUCAAAAUUAUGAUUUCAGCUACAGCAAUAUACAAAGUGAAGAUUGUUCAUUUAUGUACGAGUUAUUACAAUUUCAUUUUAAUUCAUUGUCGAACAUGAUAUUACAAGAUUUAGUGAUGUAAUAUAAAAAAAGUUUCUUAAUUUAUUUUAAUUUAUCGUUCUUGUAAAAAAA